AUGGCGUAUGUCGAUCAAGAACCAGAGAUAAAGCUCUUUGGGAAGUGGAGUGCCGAUGAUGUAAAUGUCAGCGACUUGAGCUUGACGGAUCAUAUUUCCGUCAAAGGUAAAGGCAAUCCUAUUCUGCCGCAUACUGCGGGUAGAUACCAAGUUAAAAGGUUCCGGAAAGCUCAGUGUCCACUGAUAGAACGAGUGUGUUGCUCGUUGAUGAUGCACGGAAGGAAUAACGGCAAAAAGCUUAAAGCAUUGAACAUUCUCAAGCAUACCUUCGAGAUUAUUCACUUGCUCUCAGGAGAGAACCCGAUACAGGUCCUCGUGAAUGCUAUUCUCAACAGUGGCGCUCGAGAAGAUUCCACUCGCAUUGGUCGCGGUGGGACUGUUCGUCGUCAAGCGGUUGAUGUGUCACCACUGCGACGUGUAAACCAGGCCAUCUAUUUGCUGUGUACGGGUGCCCGUGAAGCAGCAUUUAGGAACGUCAAAACCAUUGCAGAGUGCUUGGCGGACGAACUUCUAAACGCGGCGAAGGGAAGUUCCAAUUCCUAUGCGAUCAAAAAGAAAGACGAAUUGGAAAGGGUUGCCAAGUCCAACCGAUAA